GCCGCGAGCUGGCUGCAGCUGUCUGGCAGGCGGCACACCAGUGAUAUUACGACGCACGCGCACAAGCAGCGGCGGGAGGCGUUUUCCUCACUGAGCGAAAGUUUGAGCGUGGAUUCAGUGUUUGACUGACUUAAAGUACGGACAAGAGACCUCGGGGGGCGCUGUUUAUACCAGGAGGUGCUCUGUAGGCAGUAAAAGGGGGCAGGCUGCAUCCUCGGUGUGUACACAAGUCUGUGCUACCAUUCAUGCAGAGUGAAUAGCAGUCCCCACCGACAGCCGUGCCACAUCCUCGUCAAAACAGAAAGCUCUGCUCUCUCCGACUGAUAGGAAGGGUUGUGAACCUACAGUACAGUAGUAGCCACCAUGGCAGAAGCUCACCAGGCUGUGGCAUUCCAGUUCACCGUCACCCCUGAUGGCAUCGACCUACAGCUGUGCCACGAGGCUCUGCGUCAGAUCUACCUCUCUGGCCUCCACUCCUGGAAAAAAAGGUUCAUUCGCUUCAAGAAUGGGGUAAUGACUGGUGUGUAUCCCGGCAGCCCUGGUGGGUUUAUGGUAGUGGUUGUGUCCUACAUGUCCUACAAUAAAUAUAAUCAGCUGGAUCCCUCUCUGGGGUUGAUUGCCAAGCUGGGCCAACACAUACCAAUCAGUCGAUAUAUGUCCACAGACAGCCAGAGGAUAGUUGGAGGAGUUCUGGUGGGCACGGGCCUAUGGGUCACCAUAAUCAUGAUUAUGAGAAAUGUCCUAAAGUGCCUGUUGUCGUGGCACGGCUGGAUGUAUGCACGCCAUGGCUCGGUGUCCUGGUCUACACGUCUGUGGCUGUUACUAGUGAAGGUGUUUUCUGGCCGGAAGCCAAUGCUCUACAGUUUCCAGAACUCCCUGCCACGGCUACCUGUCCCCACUAUCAAGGACACCUGCAGAAGGUACCUAGACUCUGUGCGUCCACUGAUGGAUGAUGAGCAGUAUGAACGGAUGGAGGCUUUGACCAAAGACUUUGAAAAGAACCUGGGCCCCAGACUGCAGUGGUACCUGAAACUCAAGUCCUGGUGGGCCUCCAACUAUGUCAGCGACUGGUGGGAGGAGUAUAUUUACCUCAGAGGCCGUGGGCCCAUCAUGGUCAACAGCAACUAUUAUGCCAUGGAUUUCCUGUAUGUGUUCCCCACCUCCAUCCAGGCUGCCAGGGCAGGUAAUGCCAUCCAUUCCAUCAUGCUGUACAGGAGAAAACUGGACAGGGCCCAGAUCAAACCAAUAUACUUGCUGGAAAACAAGGUUCCUCUGUGUUCGGCUCAGUGGGAGCGGAUGUUUAACACCACCCGCACCCCUGGUUUGGAGACAGACACCCUUCAGCACGUGAACGAGAGCAAACACAUAGCUGUGUACCAUAAGGGCCGUUUCUUUAAGGUGUGGAUGUUUUAUGACGGGCGGCUGCUGUUGCCGCGGGAGAUCGAGCAGCAGAUGGAGAGGAUCUUGGCCGACAAGUCAGAGCCCUUGCCAGAAGAGGAGAAACUAGCCGCACUUACUGCAGGGGACAGGACUCCAUGGGCCAAUGCUCGUGAAACCUACUUCAGCCGUGGUAAGAACAAGCAGUCUCUGGAUGCCAUUGAGAAGGCAGCCUUCUUUGUAACCCUUGAUGACACAGAGCAGUACUAUGAUGCAGACAACCCAGUCAAGUCUCUGGACAGUUAUGCCAAGUCCCUGCUCCAUGGAAAUUGCUACGACAGGUGGUUUGAUAAAUCCUUUAACCUGAUAGUGUUCAAGAAUGGCACCAUGGGACUGAACGCAGAGCAUUCCUGGGCUGAUGCUCCAAUUGUUGGCCAUCUGUGGGAGCAUGUACUUUCCAUGGACCCUGUCAAACUGGGAUACACUGAGGAUGGUCACUGCUGUGGGGAGCCCCACCCCAACCUACCAGGUCCUCAGAGACUGCAGUGGGACAUCCCUGCUGAGUGCCAGGAGAUUGUCCAGAGCUCUCUGAAAGUAGCCAGAGCUCUGGCUGAUGAUGUGGACUGCCACAUUUUCCCCUUUAUUGACUUUGGCAAGGGUCUGAUUAAGAAGUGCCGCACCAGUCCUGAUGCCUUCAUCCAGAUCGCCCUCCAGCUUGCUCAUUACAGGGACAAAGGGAAGUUCUGCCUGACAUAUGAGGCAUCCAUGACGCGUUUAUUCCGUGAGGGCCGAACAGAAACUGUGCGCUCCUGCACCAUGGAGACUUGUGCCUUUGUUCGUGCCAUGAUCAGAGACGAGACUAGAGAAGAGCGCCUUAAGUUGCUCAAAGUGGCAGCAGAGAAGCACCAGGACCUGUACCGUCUGGCAAUGACAGGAAAGGGCAUUGAUCGCCACCUUUUCUGUCUCUAUGUGGUUUCCAAAUACCUGGGAGAAGACUCACCCUUCCUUAAGGAGGUCCUCUCUGAACCAUGGAGGCUCUCCACCAGUCAGACCCCUCUGCAGCAGGUUGAGCUAUUUGAUCUGGUCAGACACCCGGAGUAUGUGUCCUCUGGAGGUGGAUUUGGUCCAGUGGCUGAUGAUGGUUAUGGUGUCUCCUACAUCAUUUUGGGUGAGAACCACAUCAACUUCCACAUCUCCAGCAAACACUCAAGCCCAGAAACCGACUCCCACCGUUUUGGUGCCAACAUCAGACAGGCCAUGCUAGACAUGCGGGAUCUCUUCCAGCUUGACAAGAAAACCAAGUGAUUGUCCUCUCCAUGGGUGGAACAAACAUAAGAAGUUGUUUUUAGCAAAAUAUCGUAUGCUUCCUGAAGCUUGUACAUAAUCAAAUGUUGAGGUUUGGGUUAUUUUUAAAUUAAUUGAUGUUACAGAAAUAAGGGUGAUUUAAAGGUAUUUGGAAACUUAA